UGGCGGCAGCGCCGCCGCAGGACGCAGGGAAGCCAACUAGCGAGUAGUGGCGGCGGAGGCGGCGGCAGCGGCGGUGGCAGUUCGCGGCGAGGGCGACGGUUCCGAGACCGAGUGGCGGUUCGGCGGAGGCCUGGGUGCCCUCCUCCGUGUGAUCCUCUUGUGAUUAGCCUUUGUACCUGCCCUGCAUUUGAAGAUGGUGAAGCUGGAUAUUCAUACUCUGGCCCAUCACCUCAAGCAGGAACGCUUGUAUGUAAACUCUGAGAAACAGCUCAUUCAGAGGCUAAAUGCAGAUGUACUUAAGACGGCUGAAAAGUUGUAUCGGACAGCAUGGAUUGCUAAGCAACAGAGAAUUAAUUUGGACCGGCUUAUCAUAACCAGUGCUGAAGCUUCCCCUGCUGAAUGUUGCCAGCAUGCCAAGAUUUUGGAAGAUACACAGUUUGUUGAUGGAUAUAAGCAAUUAGGAUUUCAGGAGACUGCUUAUGGAGAAUUCUUGAGUCGGUUAAGGGAAAAUCCUCGUCUUAUUGCCUCCUCUUUGGUUGCUGGGGAGAAACUUAAUCAGGAGAACACACAAAGUGUUAUUUACACAGUUUUUACCUCCCUCUAUGGCAACUGCAUUAUGCAAGAAGAUGAAAGCUACCUCCUUCAGGUUUUGAGAUACUUGAUUGAAUUUGAACUUAAAGAAAGUGACAACCCCAGGAGACUUUUGAGGAGAGGAACUUGUGCCUUCAGCAUCUUAUUUAAACUUUUUUCUGAAGGACUGUUUUCUGCCAAACUUUUUCUCACAGCUACUUUACAUGAGCCAAUCAUGCAACUACUUGUUGAAGACGAAGAUCACCUGGAAACAGAUCCAAACAAGCUAAUCGAGAGGUUCUCCCCAUCUCAACAGGAAAAACUCUUCGGAGAGAAAGGCUCAGAUAGAUUCAGGCAAAAGGUUCAAGAGAUGGUGGAUUCCAAUGAAGCCAAACUGGUGGCUUUGGUGAACAAAUUCAUUGGUUAUCUCAAGCAGAACACAUACUGCUUUCCACAUAGUUUGAGGUGGAUUGUGUCACAGAUGUACAAAACCCUGUCCUGUGUAGAUAGACUGGAAGUUGGGGAAGUCAGGGCAAUGUGUACUGAUCUCCUUUUGGCCUGCUUCAUCUGUCCUGCAGUUGUCAAUCCAGAACAGUAUGGAAUAAUUUCUGAUGCUCCUAUUAAUGAGGUGGCAAGAUUUAAUCUGAUGCAGGUUGGCCGCCUUUUGCAGCAAUUGGCAAUGACUGGCUCUGAAGAGGGAGACCCCCGGACAAAGAGCAGCCUUGGAAAAUUUGACAAAAGCUGUGUUGCUGCUUUCCUUGAUGUUGUGAUUGGGGGCCGCGCAGUGGAGACCCCUCCAAUGUCCUCCGUUAAUCUUCUGGAAGGAUUGAGCAGAACUGUGGUUUAUAUAACCUACAGUCAGCUUAUUACUCUGGUGAAUUUUAUGAAGAGUGUAAUGUCUGGAGAUCAACUAAGAGAAGAUAGGAUGGCUCUUGACAAUUUAUUGGCAAACCUGCCCCAGGCAAAGCCAGGAAAAAGUAGCAGUUUAGAAAUGACUCCCUAUAAUACUCCUCAGCUGUCUCCAGCAACCACUCCAGCAAAUAAGAAGAAUCGAUUGCCUAUAGCAACUCGGAGUAGAAGCCGCACCAAUGUGCUAAUGGACUUACAUAUGGACCAUGAAGGGUCAUCUCAAGAAACCAUCCAGGAAGUGCAGCCUGAAGAGGUGUUGGUCAUUUCCUUAGGGACAGGUCCCCAGCUCACUCCAGGGAUGAUGUCGGAAAAUGAGGUCCUAAACAUGCAACUUUCGGAUGGAGGACAAGGAGAUGUCCCUGUCGAUGAAAACAAACUCCACGGUAAACCUGAUAAAACCUUGCGCUUUUCCCUCUGCAGUGAUAAUCUGGAAGGAAUAUCUGAAGGUCCUUCAAAUCGCUCCAAUUCGGUAUCUUCUCUAGACCUAGAAGGAGAGUCUGUAUCAGAACUUGGAGCAGGACCUUCUGGGAGCAAUGGAGUCGAAGCUCUACAGCUAUUGGAGCAUGAGCAAGCUACAACACAAGAUAAUCUUGAUGAUAAGCUAAGAAAGUUUGAAAUACGUGACAUGAUGGGACUGACAGAUGAUAGAGAUAUAUCAGAAACAGUGAGUGAGACGUGGAGUACAGAUGUCUUAGGAAGUGAUUUCGACCCUAACAUUGACGAAGAUCGCUUACAAGAAAUUGCAGGUGCAGCAGCAGAGAACAUGUUAGGCAGUUUACUGUGCCUGCCAGGUUCAGGGUCAGUGCUUCUUGACCCCUGCACUGGUUCUACCAUAUCAGAGACAACAAGCGAAGCUUGGAGUGUAGAGGUAUUGCCAAGUGACUCAGAGGCCCCGGAUCUAAAGCAGGAGGAACGUCUACAAGAACUGGAGAGCUGUUCUGGACUGGGCAGCACAUCUGAUGAUACGGAUGUCAGGGAGGUCAGUUCCCGCCCCAGCACACCAGGCCUCAGUGUUGUGUCGGGCAUAAGUGCAACCUCCGAGGAUAUUCCCAAUAAGAUUGAAGACCUGAGAUCUGAGUGCAGCUCUGAUUUUGGGGGUAAAGAUUCUGUCACUAGUCCAGACAUGGAUGAAGUAACUCAUGGCGCCCACCAGCUGACCUCUCCUCCUUCUCAGUCAGAGUCUCUACUUGCCAUGUUUGAUCCACUGUCUUCACAUGAAGGGGCUUCUGCUGUGGUAAGGCCAAAGGUUCACUAUGCCAGGCCAUCGCAUCCACCACCAGAUCCCCCAAUCCUGGAAGGAGCUGUGGGAGGAAACGAGGCCAGGUUGCCAAAUUUUGGUUCCCAUGUUUUAACUCCAGCUGAGAUGGAAGCAUUCAAGCAAAGGCAUUCAUACCCUGAAAGAUUAGUUCGCAGCAGGAGCUCUGAUAUAGUCUCAUCUGUCCGGCGACCUAUGAGCGACCCCAGCUGGAACCGACGUCCAGGGAACGAAGAACGAGAACUCCCUCCAGCUGCAGCCAUUGGUGCUACUUCUUUGGUGGCUGCACCUCAUUCAUCAUCUUCAUCCCCGAGUAAGGACUCCUCAAGAGGAGAGACUGAAGAACGCAAAGAUAGCGAUGAUGAGAAAUCAGACAGGAACAGACCUUGGUGGAGAAAACGUUUUGUUUCUGCCAUGCCUAAAGCUCCUAUACCAUUUAGAAAGAAAGAAAAACAAGAAAAAGACAAAGAUGAUCUGGGGCCUGACAGAUUCUCAACACUCACAGAUGAUCCCAGCCCUAGACUCAGUGCACAAGCUCAGGUCGCUGAGGAUAUUCUGGACAAAUACAGGAAUGCCAUUAAACGAACCAGCCCCAGUGAAGGAGCAAUGGCAAACUAUGAAAGUACAGAGGUCAUGGGUGAUGGUGAGAGUGCACAGGACUCUCCUCGUGAGGAAACACUGCAGAACAUGUCGGCUGAUGAUCUCCCGGACUCCGCGAGCCAAGCGGCCCACCCUCAGGACUCCGCUUUUUCGUACAGAGAUGCAAAAAAGAAACUGAGACUUGCUCUUUGCUCUGCGGAUUCCGUUGCUUUCCCAGUGCUAACCCAUUCAACAAGGAAUGGUCUACCAGACCACACAGACCCAGAAGACAAUGAAAUUGUUUGCUUCCUAAAAGUUCAAAUAGCUGAAGCAAUUAACUUACAAGAUAAGAACUUAAUGGCUCAACUUCAAGAAACUAUGCGCUGUGUGUGCCGCUUUGAUAACAGAACUUGUAGGAAACUGCUGGCCUCUAUUGCCGAGGACUACAGGAAAAGGGCCCCCUAUAUUGCUUAUCUCACUCGCUGUCGGCAAGGACUGCAGACCACGCAGGCUCACCUGGAAAGGCUACUGCAAAGGGUCUUGCGGGACAAAGAGGUGGCCAAUCGAUACUUUACCACCGUCUGUGUAAGGUUGCUGCUUGAGAGCAAAGAAAAGAAGAUCAGGGAAUUCAUUCAAGACUUUCAGAAACUCACAGCAGCUGAUGAUAAAACUGCUCAGGUAGAGGAUUUUCUGCAGUUCCUUUACGGUGCGAUGGCCCAGGACGUCAUAUGGCAGAACGCGAGUGAGGAGCAGCUUCAGGAUGCUCAGCUGGCCAUUGAACGAAGUGUGAUGAAUCGGAUUUUCAAGCUUGCUUUCUACCCUAACCAGGAUGGGGACAUACUUCGUGACCAGGUCCUUCAUGAACAUAUUCAGAGAUUGUCUAAAGUAGUGACUGCGAAUCACAGAGCUCUACAGAUACCAGAGGUUUAUCUUCGGGAGGCACCAUGGCCAUCCGCACAGUCAGAAAUCAGGACAAUAAGUGCUUACAAGACGCCCCGGGACAAAGUGCAGUGCAUCCUGCGAAUGUGCUCCACGAUCAUGAACCUCCUGAGUCUGGCCAAUGAGGACUCCGUCCCCGGAGCAGAUGACUUUGUCCCUGUUUUGGUAUUUGUGUUGAUAAAGGCAAAUCCACCCUGUUUGCUGUCUACCGUCCAGUAUAUCAGUAGCUUUUAUGCCAGCUGUCUGUCUGGAGAGGAGUCCUACUGGUGGAUGCAGUUCACGGCAGCGGUGGAAUUCAUUAAAACGAUUGAUGACCGGAAGUGACCAAGACCAAGGCCCACCGAGGCAGUAGACUGUUAGGCGGGCAAACAGCUCUCUUAGAAAAUGUACCAGCUGCUUUGAAGGCUGAAGAUUGUUUUUGUAUAAUAUUGUACAGCGUUCAGACAUUUUAAAACAGAUCUUUACUAAACAGAUUAAUGAGCUAACAAGCAGGUUCUCUUUUCUUUGGGCUCUUUUCUUUUCUGUUGCAUAUUUGGUUAUUUUCUUGUCCCAAGUAGAGACUAGUACUGCAAAAAGGGACCACAUUUUUCAGGUAUUUUGAAAUAUUAAAAAACAGAACAAAAUCUAGAAAAUUCCUAGAUCUCCAUUCACGAAUACCCAUUCUUUCCUUUUAUUUAAAAAAACAAGAAAAAGAAAAGAACAGUACACCUCUUUUUAGAUGCUGCGUAAUCUUCUAUGCAUCUAAUGGAAGGAAAAUAGCAGUUGCACUGAGGAUUAUAAUAGUGGUGACAUUAGUGGCAUUAUAUAAAUACACUCACCUAGAUCGAAAAGCUAAGAAGGAAAUGUAAAUAUAAUAUAUAUUUAUAUUUGAUGUAAUAUGGACAUCUUCAGAUUCUAAUAAACAAGGAAUAUUGCUGAUAGUAGGUUGUGACGUACCCUCUUGUGAAAUGGUUUCCUUGACAAAGUUUAAGCUGAGCUUAAAAGCAACAAACAAAUACACAGAAAUAUUUAUUAAAGUGUAAAACAGUUUCUUGAACUUUCUAGGUGUGGAGUUUGAUGCACAAGCCUGCCUUUGAUGAGGGGUAUAACAAUCACUUAGACAUUCCUCACCACAGACGUCUUUGAGCCUGCAGGAGGAGCGAGGUAGACUGUUUAAUCGCCAUGCGUUACAUACAGAGGAACAGUAGAUACCUAACAUGCUACUGUGGUACAUACUAAAUACAGUGUAGAAACCCCAAACAGAACUCCUUUUAAACCUUUCAUUGUAAUAUAUUUUUGAUGAUUAUUCACAUUGAAUGACAGACCAGGAAUUCAGUGAAUGUCAUUUUUUAAAAAACUAAUUUGUAUUGUCUGCUCUAGUGAUACAAGUUUUACUAGUGAUAAACUAUUUUAAUCAACCAUAUUAUUCUUAUGGAAAAAAAUCUAUUUUGGCAGGUUUCUGUGCCUUUAUUUCCCUCUUCUGAACAAAAGUCUGGGUUUCAGUAUUUUGGUUUGAUUGUAUAUUGAUAAUUAAUCAGGAAUGGGUGUUGGUGUGUGAGAAAUUGGCUAGGGAGGCACACCAGAGCUUCAAGCACAAGUCUGGGGUGUAAGUCAUCCCUGACUGCUCUCACUCUGUAUGUUUCCUAAACUUGGUUAGCUUCUUUUAUAACAAACUCAGUCCCAUACUUUGAGUCCCUUGUUGCUAGCAGCAUUUCUAGGCAUUUUUAAGGGAACUGUGACAAACAGCGGUGAGCAGAUGAAUCCGGAGGCCAUCUUCUUCUCUCCGAGACCUCUGUGUUUAAUUGUGCCUAAAGAAGCUGGAUUUUCUUUAUGCUCCCAUCUCUUCUCAUUCAUUUAUUUUAGAAUACCGAGAUAAGUUACAUAGGAGUGUGGGAUGUGGUUUCUGCCUUUUAGGGAGAGAUCAAAAUUAAACUAGUACUACAAAAUGUCCUUUUGAAUGUUAGGUCAAGAAAUCUGUGUAGAGUCCUGUGCUUCAUGGGCUGUGACUGUCAAACCUGCCUACGUAUUAGAAGUCAGAUCCUGUCAUUAAAUACUUUACAAGACAAGCAGUCUGACACGAUUUCUAAGACCUAGGGCGAGUCCAUUUAUUUCAGUAUUUGAUUCAAUAAAUGUUAAGUCAAUAGAAGACUUGGAAUAGUUGAAAUUCAUUUUUAUGGGCUUUAACGGAUUUUUUUUCCUCUCCAAAUGGUUGCUAAAUCCAUUCUGUGUUAUCACUAUAGAAAUAAAUACGAAGCUGUGGACAUUGCACAGGGCUCUUUUCUGUGGAGGAGAAGGUGGUGAGUUGUGGGUGUAGGGCUGUGCUGGAGGCAGGAGGUAAGAGCCAUGCAGUGCUGGGGCCAGGGGUGAGGGUGGAACCCCAGGGAUCUGGCACCCGAUUACACCUCUGAGACAGAGGCCCGGGCCUGGGGCUUAACUCGGGAGCUGGCUGGCGGAGAAGCACAGCCCGGCUCUUUAAGGAGUAGCUACAUCUCCCUCUGCAAACCCUUUUAGGAGCAAGAACCAAUCAGCAUCAGCCAUUUUGCUGGCUUGAUUUCAUGGCAUGAUUUUCUUAUAGUGUUGAUUUCUGAAUUUAGGAGUUGGUGACUAUCUGCGUGGCAGCGGUAGGGUGGGAGACAGGGAGUAAUUUGACUUUGCUCCUUUGGGAAGGAGGGAUAGUUGUUCUUUGGUUCUUAUUACAUUUCCUCCCAGCACUUAUUUUAUAUGAGGGAUUAGUGCAAAAGUAUAAAAUCACCCAUAGGAAACAGUAGCCGCUGAGUAUUAUGUGGAAUUUGCAAUGAUGUUGUUAAAUGGAGAGAGAGUGGCUCAGUUCACUGAAAUAUUCUACAGUUAACUUCUCUAGUGAAAAAUCAGUUUAUGUUUUGUGUUAAUAUUCUGCUUCCUGAAAGUUAAGCAGGAGAAACACAGACUGAGGAUUGUCUUCAUAAAAUUACUAUUUUUGUUUAAACCUGGUAAACGUUUUUGUUUUCUUUCUCUGCUUCAGUUUACGUCUCAGCCCCAGGAAUUGCUGGCUUCUGCUUUUUCUUUUUAAAACCUGCUUGUGAAAGCCUUUUUUUCUACAGAUAUUAAAUUGCUGUAGUAAGAGAAUUAGGCUUCGUGAGGGAUUGAAAAUAGAUGUGAUGCAUGGUUUUCCCUUUUCCUGUUGCGUCCUGGAAGCCUUUGUUUAAUCCAGACUUUCAAUAUACACGUUGCUGAGGUGCUAAGCCAGAGAACAGGAACCUGGCCCAAAUGGUAGUGAGGCUUCGCUCUCGUCAGACCCAGCAGCUGAGCGCUCGUGCCCAUCCAGCACCAUCUUUGUGUAACCUGCCUUGCGGAUUCCGGUUUGAGCCAAGUAAAGGUCAACUUCAUGUUUUAAAUGGGUGAGGCUUUAAAGACCCCGUUCUCUGAUGUGAUUGGGUGUGGAAAGGGAAAAGGAGGACCACACUUGCUCAAAAUCAUUAGUGGGUUGCAUGGGAGGGAUAGAAAUGUAGCGGGGUUAGCUUCCUAAACGUUUUCCUCCUGCUUCUCCGUUCCUGCUUUAUUUCUUUAAGGAAAAGUCUAUAUUUGCCCUCUUUCUAGUUCUUUUAAAUCUAGUGAAUUUAUUCUGUAUUUGACUGCCAUAAUUCGGGGGGUGGGGGGAAAUCAGAAACCAUCUUGAAGCUCAAAGAAUUUUUAGUAAGUAGAUUAACAGUGACGAGGUAUUUUAGAUAUUUUGAAUGCCAAAAUGCUUGAGAAUUUCCCAGGUUAAUACUUAAUAUACCUUAGAAUGUAGGUUACCCAAGAAGUAAGAUGACCAGGAACGGCUUUAUUACCCUGGAGAACACUUAGAGAAAGGGAAACAUAGUUUGCGCAUUGUCACGGUUGGUGUGGUUGAGCUAUGGAGUCACGGUGGAGCUCAUGUGUCCCACAGGCCUGCGCUCAGCAAUGGUUAAGUUCGAGAGUGGGGAGGUCCUCUCCACUUGGUUAAUGGCAGACAGUGUAGGCAGGGGCCACACGCCUUAAAAAUUCACCCCUGCUGAGUUGAUACUGUCUUGUUUACCGUAUUCUUGUGCUUCUCCUGUACUAAAAAGCUUUGUACUGCCUCUCCUCUCGAAACUGAUAAAACCUUACCUAAGCCUCAGUUAAUGAGCUUGCACAAUCUUGUAUAUGUACAGGAGACUCACCCUGUCUUCUAAUGUGAUCACUAAUGUACAGUCUCAUUCUGUAAAACUGAUUAAAAAGGGAGAGCAGUUGAAUUCA